CUGAGGUAUAAGCAGAAUGGAGGCUCCUCCGGUCUGUUCCACCUGCUGCCCGAGACCUUAGAGACAGCCCACGCCAAGGAGGUCUCCGAGCUCCUCAGCGAGGUGAAGUAUAAAGAGGAGGGUAAGAAGGAGAUGAGCAUGAACCUGUACUCUCUGCUGCCUCAGACCCUCGACACGCAGCACGCUAAAGAAGUGUCAGACCUGCAGAGUGAGGUGAAGUAUAAGGAAGGAGUGAAGCAGAAGAAUCAGAGCAGUUUGUUCCACCGGCUCCCGAGACCACAGAGACUCAGCUGGCCAAACAGCUGACUGACCUGCAGAGCCAGACUAAAUACAGGGAGGCGGGUAAGAAGGAGGUGGAGAGGUCUCUGUACUCCCUCAUGCCUCACACCAUGGACACACAGCAUGCUAAAGAAGCUGGACAGCUCCUCAGUGAUAUCAAAUACAAAGAAAGCAUGAAGAAGGGGAUGUGCAGCUCCCUCUACUCCACUCUGCCCGACACAACGGAAAACAACUUUGCCAGAGAGAUGAGCGACAUGCAGAGCGAGAACAAGUACAAGGAGGACGGGAAGAGGAACCUCCCUCAGAGUUUCUACUCUCAGCUUCCUGAAACACCCGAGAUUGAGUUCGCUAAAAAUGUCUCUGAGCUGCAGAGUGAGAUGAAAUAUAAAGAAGCAGGGAAGAAAGGAGUGACGAGCUCUCUGUACUCGACCCUGCCUGAGACUCUGGAGACACAACACGCUAAAGAGGUGUCACAGCUGCAGAGCCAGCUGAGGUAUAAGCAGAGUGUGAAGAAAGACGCCUCCUGUCUGUUCCACCUGAUGCCAGAAACCAACGAGACAAUAUUCCACAAGCAGCAGACGGAGAUGCUCAGCGAGGUGAAGUAUAAAGAUGAGGGAAAGAAGGAGAUGAACAUCAGCCUGUACUCUCUGCUUCCCGACACCAUCGAAACGCAGCACGCUAAAGAGCUGACCAACAUGCAGAGCGAGGCGAAAUACAAAGAGGCCGGGAAGAAGCAAACGUCCUCGUCUCUGUACCACAAACUACCUGAAACUCUGGAGACACAGCACGCUAAAGAGGCCACACAGCUGCAGAGCCAGACCCUGUAUAAAGAGGCCGGUAAGAAGGAGAUGUCCUGUCCAUUUUACCACCAGAUGUCGGACACUCUGGAGAAUCAGUUCGCCCGAGAGAUCACUGACAUACAGAGCCAAAAUAAGUAUAAAGAGGACGGGAUGAGGAACCUCUCUCAGAGUUUCUACUCUCAGCUGCCACAAACUGCUGAGACUGAGUUUGCUAAAUCUGUUUCUGAGCUGCAGAGCGAGACAAAGUAUAAGAAGUCGGGGCGACAGGAUGCUGGCAGCUCUCUGUACUCUGUGAUGGCAGACACUCUGGACACACAACACGCCAAGCAGGCCUCACAGAACCAGAGCCAGGUGAAGUACAGAGAGGAGGUGGGGAAGACAAGCAGUCUGUUCUCCACUCUCCCUCACACUAUGCAGACGCAGCUGGCCAAAGAGCAGACGCUGCUGCAGAGUCAGUUGAAAUAUAAAGAGGGACACAAGAAGGACACGUCCUCCUCUCUUUACCACCUCCUCCCUGAGACUGCAGAGAUGCAUCUGGCCAAACACCUGUCAGAGAUCCAGAGUCAGACAAAGUACAAGAAAGACAUAGAGGAUCUUCCUGACACGCUGUUCUCUUUGAUGCCGGAGACUCUGGAGACUCAGUUUGUGAAAGAGAUGUCUGAGACACACAGCGAGGUCAAGUAUAAGCAGGCUGGGAAGCAGCAGGCAGCGUCCUCUCUUUACUCCAAACUUCCAGAAACUCUGGAGACAAAACACGCCAAAGAAGCGACUGAACUGCAGAGUGAGAAAAAGUAUAAAGAUGAGGGGAGGAAGGACAUGACGUCGUCUCUUUACUCUCAGCUUCCUGAAACCUCAGAGACUCAGUUUGCACGAGAGAUGAGCGAGAUACAGAGUGAGAACAAGUACAAGGAGAGUGGGAAGAAGAGCCAGACCGUCAGUAUGUACUCUCAGCUGCCAGACACCAACGAGAUCCAGUUUGCAAAAUCUGUGUCUGAGAUACAAAGUGAGGCCAAGUAUAAAGAGGCAGGGAGAAAAGAGGCGUGCAGCUCCCUGUACUCGAAGCUGCCGGAGACUCUGGACACGCUGCACGCUAAAGAGGCUUCACAGCUGCAGAGCCAGCUGAAGUACAAGCAGGACAGCAGGAAGGAGGCGAGCGGCUCUCUGUACCACCAGCUACCUGAGACCUCAGAGACUCAGCUGGCUAAAGAUCUGAAAAACAUUCACAGCGAGGUGAAGUAUAAAGAAGAGGGGAGGAAGGAGUUGGGGAAGAACUUGUACUCGCUCCUCCCGGAGACGGCGGACACAUUCUUCGCAAAGCAGAUGUCAGAAAUACAGAGCCAGACAAAAUACAAGAAGGACAAAGAGGAUCUUUCUGAGACGUUAUUCUCUUUGAUGCCGGAGACUCUGGAGACUCAGUUUAUUAAAGAGAUGUCCGAGACACACAGCCAGGUUAAGUAUAAGGAAGCAGGAAAGAAAGAGGCCAGCAGCUCUCUGUACCACAAACUACCGGAGACUCUGGAGACGCAGCAUGCUAAAGAGGCCACUGAGCUGCAGAGUGAGAACAAGUACAAAGAGGACUGGAAGAAGGCGAUGUGGUGCAGUCAUUACGCUCAGCUGCCGCUCACCGCCGAGACGCAGCUCGCCGCCAAGAUGUCCGAGCUGCAGAGCGAGAGUAAAUACAAAGAGGACGGGAUGAGGGGUCUCUCUCAGAGUUUCUACUCUCAGCUGCCAGAAACUGCAGAGACUCAGUUGGCUAAAACUGUUUCUGAGCUGCAGAGCGAGGCUAAGUAUAAGGAGGCGAGCAAGAAGGAGGCGGGCUGCGCUCUGUACCACACGCUGCCUGAAACUCUGGACACGCUGCACGCUAAAGAGGCCUCCGAGCUGCAGAGCCAGCUGAAGUAUAGGGAAGGAGGGAAGAAGGAUAUGGGCUCCUCUCUGUACUCCGUGCUGCCGCAGACAGAAGAGAUGAGGGUCGCUAAAGCUGCCAUGGAGCUGCAGAGUGAGAAAAAGUAUAAGGAGAAAGGCAGGCAGGAGAUCAGCUGCAGUGCUUUCCACACGAUGCCUGAGACUAAAGAGAUGGAGUUCAUUAAACACAUCUCUGAACUCCAGAGCGAGACAAAGUACAAGAAGGACAAAGAGGAUCUUCCCAACACGUUGUUCUCUCUGCUGCCGGAGACUCUGGAGACUCAGUUUGUGAAAGAGAUGUCUGAGACACACAGCGAGAGUAAAUACAAGCAGGCGGGGAAGAAGGAGCUGGGGAACUCUCUGUACUCUCUGCUGCCAGAGACCAAGGACACGCAACACGCCAAAGAGCAGAGUCAGCUGCACAGUGAGAAAGCGUACAGAGAGGAGGGGAAGAAGGAUGCCGGCUGCAGUCUGUACUCUCAGAUGCCUCAAACCAUCGAGACGGUGUUCGCCAAAGAGAUCGCCAAGACGCAGAGCGAUAAGUCUUAUAAGGAGAAGUUUAACCGAGAGAAGGGGAAGUCGAGCUACACCAACAUGAAGACGCUGCCGGAGGUGGAGCACGCCAUGGAGGUGAACCGGAACCAGAGCGAGGUCAGCUACAGGAAAGGUAAAGAGGAGAUGCAUCACUACAGCUCAGAGGCCAACAGACCCGACAUCAUCAACGCCUCCAACGCUGCGAAGCUGGCCAGCGACGUAGGCUAUAAGAGUAAGCAGCAUGUUUACAGUGACGGCUUUCUUCUGUCGCGGACUGACAUCCAGCAUGCCAAGGACGUUUCCAAACUGGCCAGCCAGGUGAAGUAUAAGGAGAACUUUGACAAAGAUUUAAAGGGCCAGCGUCCGUAUUACAACCCUCUGGACUGUCUCUCCUUCAAACACACACAAGCUGCUUCUGCUCUGGCCAGCCAGGUGAAAUAUAAGAUGAACCAGAAGCACAAACCAGAAGCCUCCUCAGACCUGCCCAACCUGCUGCAGCUGGAGCACGUCCUGCACGCCAGCAAGCUGCAGAGCAACGUGGAGUAUAAGAAGAAGUACGAGCAGACGAAGGGUCAGUUCCACACUCCAGUGGACACGGCGGAGCAGAUUCACCACAGAGAGAACGCCACGCUGCACAGCCAGGUGAAGUACAGAGAGGACUAUGAGAGGAACAAGGGUCGCUCUCAGAUGGAGUUUACAGACACAGAGAUUUACAAAGUAUCUAAAGAAACUCAGAAGAUGCAAAGCGGGAGGGAGUAUCGGAAGGAUUACGAGGAGCAGAUGAAGGGGAGAGCCUCGAUGGACGUAGACCAGACACCUGGAUACCUGACAGCCUGCCACGCCAGCAGCCUGAUGAACGAGAAGGAGUACCGCAAGGACUUGGAGCGGGACAUCGUGGGGAAAGGCAUGGAGCUGAGCGCUGACGUCCUCGACAUGCAACGAGCCAAGAGAGCCUCGGAGAUCCAGAGCCAGAGGUCCUAUAAGCAGACAGAGACAGGAAGCUCCUUUGGGACGGUGACAGACACACCUGAGCUGCUGCAUGCCUCCUACCUGAAAGACAUCUAUAGCCAGAAGAAGUAUAAAGACGAAGCGGAACGUCUGAAGGGACGCUACAGUCUGACCUCAGAGACCCCCGAGAUGGAGAGAGUCAGAAACAACCAGAGACACAUCAGCUCUCUGCGUUACUGCUGGGACUCUCGUCUGAUGCGAGGCCUCCUGUCUUCAGUCACAGAGACGCCAGAGAUCGUCCUCGCCAGAGAGAACAGCAAGAGGAUCAGCGACGUGCAGUACAGAGAGGGUGUGGGGAGCGGCACCUCCGUCAGCGACACUCCUGAGAUGGAGAGGGUCCGACGCAACCAGGACAACAUCAGCUCAGUGAAGUACAGGCAGAGUGCCGUAAAGGCCUCCAGUGUCGGAGUGACUCCUGAACUGGAGAGAGUCAAACAGAACCAGGAGAACAUCAGCUCGGUGAAGUACCAGCGCGGACUGCAGGAGAUGAGGGGGCGGAGCUGCAGCGAGCUCGACACACCUGAGUACCGCCGAGUCAGGAAGUCACAGGACGCCGUCUCCAUGGCGAAGUACCACGAGGACUUUGAGCGUGCACGGGGCCGAGGCUGCACGCCGGGAUUGGACGAGCCAAGCAUGGAGCGCUACCAGAGAGCCAAUCAGAUGAUAGGAGAGGCGGCUUACGGCAGAGGGAUGCACCCCCAGAGCAUGGACACGGACAGACGACCGGGGGGCAUCAUCGUAGACCUGAAGGUAUGGAGGACAGACCCCGGCUCCAUCUUUGACUUCGACCCUCUGGAGGACAACAUUCAGUCCAAGAGCCUCCGCAGGAUGUCUGAGCGUGCUGACAGCAGCCUGAGCAGGCAGCAGUCCAUCAGCUCAGCGACCUCUGACCUCUGGGACCACAGCAGUACCAGCACUCCCGCUCCGGUCCUCCCUGGAGCAUACCAUCAUCAGCAGCACCACCUGCAGCAGCAGCAGCAGCAGCAGCAGCAGCAGUUUCACGGCUACAUGCAUCAGACCAGCAUGUCCUCUGUCAGAUCCGUCACCUCUCCCCCACACUCAGCCACAAUGCGCGUCUACCGGGCGCUUUACGACUACGCAGCUCAGGACCAUGACGAGGUUUCCUUCAGGGACGGAGACAUGAUCGUGAAUGCUCAACACAUCGAUGAGGGCUGGAUGUACGGCACCGUGCAGCGCACCGGCAAGUCCGGCAUGCUGCCCGCCAACUACGUGGAGUUCUGCUCCUAAAACACAUGCAGAAUAUAUGAACCCCCCCUCACUGCGGUAACAUCAGCAGUCUGUGAUGUUCUCUCAUUACAUCACAUACGGACAUUUAAGUGGAUAAAUGCUGAAAUGAUUUGCAGAUAUAAAACUUAAAGCAGUUAAUAUCAAGCUUAAGCAAUCAAACAUGAGGAAAUCAAUUGCAGACAAUAAAUUAGUCCGUCUCUACAUCCAUUAGAGCAGGAAAUACACCAGAAUGCAAUGCAGCAACAAGUAGUGGUGGAUUUGAAUAAAGUGCAUUUACUCUACUGUUUACUAGUACUGUAGAGUAUUUUCAUUUGUGCUACUUUAUACUUUUACCCACUACAUUUUAGAUGCCAACAUUGUGCUUUUUACUCCAUUACAUUUAUCUGACAGCUUUAGUUACAUAAUCAGAUGACUAGCUAAUACAAAAUAUAUAUGUACCACACUUAAAACAGUUAAUAUCGCCGAACAUCACAGACUUCUGGUCUAAACCUGAGGACGGAGAUUUUCCUGUGAAGGAGGAGAGGAAAGUAAUGGACAAAGAGAGAAAGUGCAACUUCAUGGUCAUGUGUACUAGAAAUACAGAUUCCUGUACUUUGGCAUAGAAAGAGAGAAGAAACAAAGAGUUAAAUCUAGCAUGCCGUCAACAGGUUGUGUCAAAUGUUACAACUAGUGAAGGAAGUAAGAGCAGAGGAUGCAUGAGGAAAGAAAAUAUGAAGCAUUGGAAUCAUCUAUAACUUUUCUAAUGACUUGAAAUAAACUAUAUGACGUUUGACUUAAAUUAAGAUGAGAGUAGGACACACAGGAAGGAGACACAUCAGACAUUGAUACUGUCCUCAAAGAGUUUCAGAUACAGAGUAAACAGGGCACACUUACAUUCACAUAAGUUACCACGUGGAUUAAUCAGUCUGCAACUACAGCGCUAUUCUCCUCUUUAAGAAAUAAAAUAAACAAUAUUUACAAAUUAAACAUGAAGGAUUUAGAGCCGGAGACAGUAAGUCAAAAAGUAUUUAGAGACUGAGUAACUUAUUGUUGGAUUGGUUUGUUUUAAUUGGGUUUUAUACAAUAACAAGAAAAUUACUUUUUUACUUCAGAUUUCUAUUUUAAGGAUGCCUAAGAAAUGAACAGAAACGCAAGUAAAGAUAAAAGGAAACAAAUUAAGAUCGGACAUUUAUUUUUAAGAGAUCAGUUUGAGAGUAAGGGGGAAAGAGGUAUUCAUCAUUAUUUUCGGGGUGAAUGAUGCAACCAAAGGAAGGAGGGAUGAGUGGAGAUCGAUGUUAGAAAAUAAAUAGGAACACGGUUUAGAUUUCUCAAGUUUAAUCUUUAAUUAUUUAUCCUGAUUUUUAAUUCUUGUUCAGGUGUAGUGGUUUAGUUUUUGAGUUAUUUUGACGGAUAUAAUCAGAAAGCACAGCUUCAACCCUAACCUCUGUGUUUGUACUGGACUCAACUAACACACUGUGUCUAUGUUCUUGUUUUUUUAAUUAUAAAUACAAGUUUUCACGUGUUGAUUUAACACACAGUAACAGUUUACGUGGACUUUGGUCUGAACAGAUGAUGUUCGUAGUCUUGAGAUUUCUGUAUUAGACUAUUUUGAUACACGGUCUCUGUUUAUGUUUUGGAAAGAUAUAUUCUAUUUUACCUGUUUGUAUUCAGUAUGUCGUGUUUUUAGGAUUUGUUGUGUGAAUUGCAUCCUGGAAUAAAAACGUCACGCUGCCAUUGUUUAUCAUACUAGCUGGAGAGCAUUUUCUACGUUUUAUUUCAUAAAAACUAAAUGCAAUAGUUUGUUAUUACUGAGUUCAUGUGAAUUUUGGAAGUUUUUUGAAAACUUUGAAAAUCUGUAAAAUUCACCAUUGUGAAGUUUUUGAUUUAGUCUCUAUGUCAUCACAAGUUAUAUUACGUUACAUAUUAUUUGAAAAUAUAUAUCACUCAAUAUCAGUUAUGUUUUUUUUUUUGCCAUAAUGAUAAUUGCAGUGUGUUUCAUGUGGUAGAAAUAAAAACAAAAAAUGUGUGAA